UUUGAACAUUUUCAACUGGCACACAUGGCAAGUUGUAUGAUGAUCUUCAGGGAAUUUACUUUUUGGCAUCUAUUCCACAUUUUGGUAGCAGUCUGGGCAAUCUGGUUGGCCGCUGCACUAAAUAUUUCUUAUUUACUGAAACCGUUGCAGUCAAAAUGAGAAGACCUCGGUUUCUGCAUUUGGUAGCAGCUUUUUUAUCCAUCAUUUUUUCUUUAACUGUUAAUACACAUAGCUUCCUCCCACCGACACAGAUAUGCCAGUUGGCCUUCUUCUCCUUCUUAUAUUAAUUGCAUCUUAGAGAGUGUCUACACAGACAUAUUGAAAUCUUCUCAGGUUAAACGCCCCCGGCGCUUUCCAUUUCUAUUUCAGCCAAAACAUGAACUCCUCUAGUUCACUAGCAUCUUUUGCAAAAAGUUUUUGUUGCAGGUUAGCUGGUAAAGUGGCAAUUAUCACUGGAGGUGCUAGCGGGAUUGGUGAGAGCACCUCUAGACUAUUUGUUGAGCAUGGAGCGAAGGUCAUUAUAGCUGAUGUCCAGGAUCAAGUAGGUCAAUCCCUUUGUAAAGAACUUCUCACGGAAGACAAUGUUUGCUAUGUGCAUUGUGAUGUCACUAGUGAUACCGAUGUCAAAAAUGUUGUCGAUGUUGCCAUAUCCAAGUAUGGGAAGCUAGACAUCAUGCACAACAACGCUGGCAUUACUGGCAAUAUAGAUCCAACAAUAUUAGGCACCGACAAUGAAGAUUUUAAAAGGGUAUUUGAAGUUAAUGUGUAUGGUGGUUUCUUGGGUGCAAAGCAUGCUGCUAGAGUUAUGAUUCCUGUGAAAAAAGGCGUUAUUCUUUUCACAUCUAGCGUGGCUUCAGUGGCAUGUGGUGAGUCGCCUCAUGCUUAUACAAUGUCGAAGCAUGCGGUGGUGGGGCUAAUGAAGAAUUUGUGCGUGGAACUAGGGCAAUAUGGAAUAAGGGUUAACUGCAUUUCUCCUUGUGCUCUUGCUACUCCACUGCUAAGAAAUGCAAUGGGAGCGGAUAAAAGUUUUGUGGAGCAUGUAGUUUGUGAAUCUGCCAAUCUGAAAGGAGUGGUGCCGUCACCCAAAGAUGUGGCGGAGGCUGCCUUGUAUUUAGGUAGCGAUGAGUCCAAGUAUGUGAGUGGACUAAAUCUCAUGGUUGAUGGGGGAUACAGCACCACUAACCAGUCCUUCAAUAUGGUAUUAAGGAAUAUAUUGUCCUGAUUCAAAAGUUGUUCAAGAUGAUCAAGAGUCCGACUUCAGGACAUCUAGCUGCGUGCAAUAUAAUAAAAUCUUCUCUCAUCGGAAUGUAUUACAAUUUUAUAGUCUCCGUAACUGUAUCUCCUUUUUUCCAGUAGCGAAUCCAGCAACUUUUAACUAGGAUAAAUUUCUUUCA